AUGGUUUUGGAAUGGGAGCCUGUGUAUGACUUGUACUAUGGAGCAACAUAUGGGAAACUGGAGGACGUGGAUGGUUCACGGAUACGUACAGCUACAUUCCGUCUGAAGCGGUUCUAUAGCCCCGCGGAGAGUCCUAGAAUUUGGAAGAAAGUUCAAAUCCACUUAGCUCCUCGCUAUUCUUGCAAGGAGUUUUGCGAGAUGGCUUUACUUUUUCUCAACGUUCGAAUGUCAACCGAGGAUCAUAAAAAGUAUGGUGCCUCGUUAUGGUUCGAAACUAUGUGGAAGAUGUACGAGUUCGUGGAAAUGGGAAAAAACUGGGGGGAAGACCUGCCAAUUUUGUUUGCAACGCUGGCAUAUCACAACCCCGAUUUUAUGGAUUGGCGGCCCAUGUAUGACUCAAUAUUCACCCGUAUUAUUCGUGCUAUGGGGCUUUGCAUCAGAGAGGGCAAAAUUGUUGUCGGUGAUGGCACAGGUUCUUCAAGCUUGGACGGUUUCGCAAAGUUUGUGUCCUCCACAAUUGGUGGUCCAUAUAGUUGCCAAAAACACCUUGACCGCAUGAUGAAGCUGAUCGAGCCAUUUAUGCAUCCUGCAAAUGAAAGCGACCAUACCGCGACAGUGCUACUCUUCUUUCAAAACUUGCUGAGAGAGUUUGCAGCACGCUAUGAAGAAGAACGAGUGAAAAAGCAUAGACGAAAGGUUGCAAAAGAAUUCUACCUUAACAACAAUGACAUCCGAUUAUUCGUCAUGUCCAUACUCCAGUCUCUUCUCUACUCGCUUUACUCGAAAGAUGGUAAAAGUUACGAUCUGCCAGCAAAGCUUGUCAUGAUUUUAGCAGCACUCGAGCCGGGCCGCGUAUUUCCCAAAUUUCUUGAACAGCAGUUUUUGGACGCUGAUAUCAAAGCAGUACGUAAUGAAUGA